GGCAGCCAAUGAGGGGGGCGCUUCUUAUCGCGCCCUGAAACUCUCACGGCCGCCAUGAUGCUUGUUUGCCUUCAGUGAGAAAGAGCAGCGGAUCAGAAACAAAGGAAACGCGCACUCGUCUUUGUGAAUUGGUAUGAGCUUACAGUAUUACAGGGAUGCCCAAGGAAAAAUAUGACCCGCCUGACCCAAGGCGGAUGUACACAAUAAUGUCCAGUGAGGAGGCGGCCAAUGGGAAGAAGUCAUAUUGGGCAGAGCUGGAGAUUAUUGGAAAAGUGAGGAGUUUAAGUACAGCAUUAUGGUCCCUUACCCACCUCACUGCUCUUCAUAUCAGUGAUAACUCACUAUCACGAAUCCCGCCCGACAUUGCCAAACUACACAACUUGGUGUACCUGGACCUCUCGUCCAAUAAGAUCAGGAGCCUGCCCGCCGAGCUAGGCAACUUGGUUAAUCUCAGGGAACUGCUUUUAAAUAACAACCAGUUACGAGUUCUGCCUUUUGAGCUUGGAAAACUCUUUCAGUUACAAACGUUGGGUUUGAAAGGAAACCCACUUGCACAAGAAAUCUUGAGCCUCUACCAAGAGCCUGAUGGGACACGUCGGCUCCUCAACUACCUGCUGGACAAUCUUGCAGGCACCAAACGUGUACCUAUAGAACAGCCACCACCUCGCUCAUGGAUACCACUGCAGGAGCACGACAGAACACGGCCAGCAGCACUUUUCUCUGUAAUGUGCUACAAUGUGCUGUGUGACAAGUACGCCACACGUCAGCUCUACGGCUACUGUCCCUCCUGGGCCCUCAACUGGGACUACAGGAAGAAGUCCAUCAUGCAGGAGAUUCUCAACUGCAAUGCGGAUAUCAUCAGCCUACAGGAAGUGGAAACAGAGCAGUACUACAACUAUUUCCUGGUGGAGCUGAAGGAACAUGGUUAUGAAGGAUUCUUCAGUCCUAAGUCCCGAGCCAGGACCAUGUCUGAAUCUGACCGCAAACAUGUGGACGGCUGUGCAGUCUUCUAUAAAACAGAGAAGUUCAGCCUGGUGCAGAAACACACAGUGGAGUUCAACCAGCUGGCUAUGGCAAAUUCAGAAGGUUCAGAGGCCAUGUUGAACAGGGUGAUGACAAAGGACAACAUCGGAGUCGCUGUACUACUAGAGCUGCGGAAAGAGAUUAUGGAGCAGUCUGCUGGAAAGCCUCUACAUGGCAUGGAGAAACAGCUCCUCCUUGUGGCCAAUGCUCAUAUGCACUGGGACCCAGAGUACUCGGAUGUUAAGCUUGUCCAGACCAUGAUGUUUCUGUCUGAAGUGAAGAACAUUGUGGAUAAAGCCACUCGCAGUCUCAAGCUCUCCUCCGUCUCAGGAGAAACCAAUGCCAUCCCUCUCGUCCUGUGCGCUGACCUCAACUCUCUACCUGAUUCGGGUGUGGUAGAGUACCUGAGCACAGGUGGUGUGGACAGCACCCACAAGGACUUCAAAGAGCUGCGAUAUAUUGACAGCUUGACCAACUUUAACUGCAACGGCAAGAACGGCACCUCCAGCACCAGGAUCACGCACGGCUUCAAGCUGAAGAGUGCCUACGAGAAUGGCCUGAUGCCUUACACCAACUACACAUUUGACUUUAAGGGCAUCAUUGACUACAUCUUCUACUCUCAACCUUUGCUUAACGUGCUAGGCGUGCUGGGUCCCUUGGACCCCCACUGGCUCCAUGAGAACAAUGUCACUGGCUGCCCCCAUCCCCACAUCCCCUCUGAUCACUUCUCCCUGUUUGCACAACUGGAGCUGCUCCUGCCCUAUCCGCUUGCUGUCAACGGCAUUCAUCUGCCUGGUCGCAGGUAGUUCUCCGAGCCAGCAGGGGGAGCUCCGGCCCCUGCCUUCUUUUGCUCUCAUAGUGGAGUGAGAAUGAGGCAAGGGCUGUUGUGUAUAAAUCUGAAUCCCUUAAGAGGAGAUGGGGUAUGGCAAACUUUUAUUCCCACGGAUUUUAACUGAAGCAGACGCUAAUGUCAGUCUUAUCUAUACCACCUCCCACCCACCCUCUUUUUUUUUUUUCUUUUCCACCCUCCGUUUCUGGGCACAAUUAACAUUCUGUACUUUUUUCAAAACCCUAAGGGCCCUGAGUGAUCAUGUAAGUUUUACCUAAAGAGAGAAAAAAAGCUUUUUUUAUAUAAAUAACUAAAUGGCAAUAUCUUUGAAACUCAUGCAGGGAGUCCAGAUCAAGCAAGUUAUCAUGAAAUGCAUAAUUUGGAUCAUGCUACUAUGAGGCCAGUUUAGAGCAAGCAGAUGAAUUUGAUGACAAGAAAAAAAAAAAAGAACUUCACCAGCUUAGGUCAGAUAGUCCGAUCUCCAGGAGCAACCCUUUAAAAAAGGGCUUUUUAACGUGUAAAGAGAGCUGGCCGAACUCUUACAUUUGCACUCAGUGGUGCUGAGGCCUCUCCACGGAUGCUCUAGCUCUUCACCAGUGACUGGUUUGCACGGCCCGCCAUCACCACCUAGCGGGCCUUGUCCGUCUUGUAAUUAAGUCCAUUGGAUGCCAGUGCAAUUGCACCUUUUUUUUAUUCAUGCUUUUAAGAAAGCAACAUUUCAAGAGCCAAAAUGGCUGAUUUAUGGAGUUGUCUAGCUUCAUGUGCCAUAAAGCCCUCCUUGAGCCGAGGUGCCCGCUGAUCUGGUGCGUGCGGCUGAGAAAGGGUUUCAGUGAAGAGAAAUCAUCUGGUAUGGCCAGCUUUGAGUUAGCGUAUGCCAGUAGCCUUUGCACCUGAGGAAGUUUGGCAGGAAUUCAUGCAGAAAAUAUGCUAAAACGGGCAAAGGCAAGCACAUCCCACUCGUAGACGGAUAAAUUAAGCUCUCAAUGUGACCAGUAGACACCUCGCCCAGCCAAGACUCCAGGUUUUUUUUUCGUUUUUUUCCCCUCUCUACAUGAUUGUAUACAUGCAACAAAAGUCCUGAUCUACUGCAUAAUUUUUUUUUUUUGUACGUACACUUUUAGAUUUGGAUGAAAAAUGAUUGUAUUGUAAAUGAAAGCUAAAUUUCUAUCCGUUUUAGAUGUUCAUCCUAAUGAACAUUCAAAAGACCAGCGUGUGUAAAAUAAUUUUUUUCAGGUUUCUGCUGUAAAGUUGCACUUGUCCAGGUUCCCGUUUUUACCCAGUGCACUUUUCCUUUUUCUUUUUUUUUCUUUUUUUGUUAUUUUGGAUGUAUAAUUCCACUGAGGCAGAUAUCUGGUGACUUGGUCCUGUUACCCGCUUUGAUAUUCAAGAACAUAUGACAUUGUGCCUCACUGAUUAGUUUCUCUAAGCGCACUGCCAGUGCUAUCAGUGAACACCUGAACAGCCUCAAUCUCUGUACAUCUUCACCAUCCUUAUACAAUAUCCUCAUUUCUGUUUGUUUUUUGUAUUCGCUAUCGAAUAUCUUAUUCUUCUGAUCUUUUUGGGUGUCUACAAAGUCGAGUAAAGUGAGUGUUCCUGCUGUGCCGAUCCACGCUCGUGAUUUGGAGAAAUUCUGUUGUUCUCUCAUAGUUCCUCUAUUUUUAUUUUUUUCUCCCCAUUUGAAUUCUCUAUUUACUGCCACCUCCUCCCUCUCGACUCAGGCAAUUCUCUUUAACCGUAUAUUUUGCUUGUGUAUUUCUUUGUUUGGAUCUCGUUCUGUAUUUCACUUCCUGCUAGAUCACGGUUAUCUCCUCGUGUCGUGCCAUCUAAUGCAUUCUGCCACAAGGCCAAGUGUAAAGCUCGAUUUACUACUGUAAAGCCUGUUCUCUGACCUGAUGAAAACUUACAUGGUGAUUUUUGUCUGUUUUCUGCUCUAAACGCAAGGCCAGAGUACCGUUACUGUAGGGCGGUCUGAUUUUUAACUUCGUCUACGGUGGCAUCGGCGUUUAUUGCCGCAUGUUCGCGAAGCCAAUUUGUUUUCCGUUUCCCCCUCCCUCUUGAGUUUGUCAUGUUUUAAAAAUCGAAUUGAUUGACAAGCACUUAUUGUAGAUCACUGGUGCAGCUACUCAUUGCUUUUUUUUUUUUUUUUUUUUAAAUGAAAACAUACUUUUGCCGUGAGGCAGAGGUCAAUUUUAAUGACUUUUAUUAAGCAAGAGUAAAUAAAUGAACUGGGGAGGACCAUCUUAUAGUUCCCCUUUUGGUGUCCCUUUUUAUUCCUCACAUUAUCUCAGUCAGUUUUGUUUUUCUUCUGGUUGUUUUUAAUUGAAAGCAACUUGUCUGGUUAUAUUGGAUUGCUGAUGGUGUUGUAGUAAAAAGAUUUUUGUAAAGUGUGAAUAAAUAAUGUAUCACGUUUCCUUUCUUUGACAUGAAUUGUGUUGAUGUGUGUAUUAUCUAAUAGUUUGUCAUUUUCAUUUUGCUUUUAUUUUGUAAUACUCAAAACCAAAUUUUUUGUAAAAAUGUUGGCACACUGAAUUAUAGAUUUAUAUUGUUGCUAACCUUCACUUCAAGAUACUUUUGAGAAAAAAAAAACGUCAAUGAAAUCGUAGAGUCUCACAGAGAAAUAAAGAGCUGUCAUUUUGUCACCAAACAAUUUCAACUUUGACCCUGAGCUUUAUGUGGCAUUUCACCUUGUUUGAGAGCCAUUUAGUUUUAAAGCGUACAAAUGUUUGGGUUGUGGUAAGCAUAGCAGACAAUUUUUAUUUUUUUAACAUUUUAUUUCUCUCUCCUGUUUUUCCUACUUUCAUAGGUGUUUUCUUGAUAUUGAUCUCCAGAAGAAAGUAAGGUUAAGGGUAGAUGAGAUGACGAGACAUAUUUUAUAUUAGCAAGUGUUCGUUCUCUUUCCUUGUGUUCUGUGCACUCCUCAGUGUCACCAACCUCUGAAAAAGUCACUUCUAAUAAAUUGUGCAUGUUUAGAUAUUGUUGCCAUCGCCAUAUCGUUGUUUAGAGGCAUUUGUUUCCUUUGGGUCAAAGACAAUGGUUUCAGGUGGUGUCUUGUGCACGACAAGCAAAAACAGCGUAAUGCUAAUCAUGUCAACAUGCUCAACUUGGCAAUAAUGACUCACAGCCAUCUCUCCCUCCCCCUCCUUUUCAGAUCCACUUGAGCAGAUGUUUUUGGCUUUACCAUAGAAAUUCUUUUCAUUUCCUUUUCCUGUUUCAUAGUCGACUUUUCUCUGUCAGUAGGGGUAGUAGUUCAAUGGUCAGGAUUGUGGUUGAAUCAGCUGAGAGUCAAUAAGUAUUUAGGUAAUGUCACUAUAUAAUGCACUGGACCAACUCUUGUUUACCAUUUAUGGAAUACCAGCAUAACACUUGCACAAUGUUUAAAAAAAAAAAAAAAAAGAAUGUUGCAUAUAUAAAUAAAUGAAUAUAUAUGGGAAAAGAUUAUAGAUAUUAAAAAAAUCAAAUAAUGGCAGCUGUUUUUAAUUCAAUAUUAAGUGUUGGGGAUAAAAACCUAAUGGUAAACAAGGUGUUUUGGAUUUCACUGUUUCUCCAGUUCUCUUGGUUCUCUAAGUAGUGAUGUGUUUAUAACAGGGUCAGCUUGUUUCCUUUACACCGAUGUAUUUUUUUCCUACUCAUGGUUAAAUAAAUUCUAUAUCUGUUUCA